ACCAGCACCUAAUAUUGUCGCAGGGCCUUUAAUUACGCUUGCAUCUUUUCACAUAUCCUUCAGACUGUCCUCCCCCUCCACACACACCUCAGACUCGUAUAAAUGCUGUGUCCCUCCAGCAGCAGAGAGGCAUUUCAGACCACUCGUACGUCCUACUAUACCAUCGUACACAUCUCCAGCCUCAAGCCAGAAUGCCUCCCUACGAGAGAUCCAUGGAAAUUAUGCCUUUCAAACAAAGAAAGUGCCUGGCAACAAGAAAAGAUGAAGUCUGCACUAUUCGGUCUAAGUUCCCCAACAAAUUGCCGGUAAUCGUUGAAAGAUACAUUCGGGAGAAGAAGCUUCCCCUGCUGGACAAAACCAAAUUUCUUGUCCCAUUCGAGCUUACAUUAGGACAGUUCCUCAGUCUGCUCAGUAAGAUAGCGCUGGAGGCAUCUCAAGCCCUGUACCUACUGAUCUCAGGAAAGAACAUGUCCUGUUUGUCAGCCAACAUGGGAGAGGUUUACUCGCAGUACAGAGAUCCUGAUGGCUUUCUCUAUAUAACUUAUGCUUCCCAGGACAUGUUUGGAUGAAAAGACUCUACUCGCAUACUUCCAGACUGAUGCCUCUUUGAGAUCAUAACUUACUAUUUGCUCCUAAAUGAAGACUCAAUACCACUGUAAAACCAUACAAUCGCACCUGCCCAAGAAGUCUCUUCUGACCUCAUUUCUUAGUAAUUUUGUAGAUUUCCUUGAGGCUAACUUUAAUGUUAAAUCAAUGACCUUGAAAGAGGUUACAUUGAGCCCUGUAAAAUGAAGAAGUGAAGAGUGAUGCUUCUUUAGCACUGUACUCUUCAAGCUGCUCUUCCCCAGUCAUGGUUCUCUGAGUUCCUACAGGACACAAACAGGACAUCCUGUCCCUCAAAGGAUCUGGCAUGUCCUGUUACAAAGAGACAGGGAGAGGGUUCUUGUUCAUCCUCGAUGACUGUGCGUCAGUGUUGCACAUGUGCAUCAAAAAUCAUGGAGUAGACGGACAAACAAACAACAGUUGAGCACCUACUCUGGAAGGAAAAUGAAUGCAAACAACACAUUCAUUCUGUACUCAGUUACAACUGUGGUUGG